AGUAGAAUGAAAAUAACAGAAACGAAAGAUGAAACAGACGAUUUGGAAGAUGUAAAUAUGAAUGAAAUACUCACAGAUUCUGAAGAAGAAUAUUCCGAAAAUGAACGCGAGUUACUUAAAAAAGUACGAAAUAGACAAUCUUCAGAAAGUUAUGACAGUGAUUAUGAAGUAUAUGGAGUGGAUGAAGAAAAUGAGGAGGAUCAAGAAGAUAUGGAAGACAGAGUACAAACAGAUUCCAUGGAGUCUGAUAUUGAAGGAUUACAAGAAGAUUUUGAUUUACCAAAUGAAAAAGCUUGGGGCAAAAAGAAGAAGGCUUAUUAUUCAACAGAUUAUGUAGAUCCUGAUUAUGCUACCAUCAGCCAAAAAGAUUUAGCUGAAGCAGAAAUGGAAGAAGAAGAAGCUAGGAAUAUUCAAAAACGACUGGCAGAACAAUUGGAUGAUGUUGAUUUUGAAUUAGAUUUUUUGCAAUCAAAAAAGAGUAAUGAUCAGAAAGUUUAUGAGGAUACAGAACAGUUCAUAAAAACUGAUCUUAGUAGACUCAGUAAAAGGCAGAAACAAGCAAUGAUGCAAAACGAAAGUCCUGAAUUUGCAGCUCUUGUAAAUGAUUUUAAAGAUCGCAUGAUAGAAGCAAGAGAUUCAUUGGCACCAUUUCUAAAGUUAGUUAAAGCUGGUCUACUUCCCAAUUGCCCUGCAGCUUCUUUCAUAAGGACAAAGUAUCAUCUUUUAUUAAAUUAUUGUAUUAAUAUUUCGUUUUAUUUGAUGCUUAAAGCAAAAAGAUUACCUGUAAGUUCUCAUCCAGUUAUAAAGCGAUUGGCACAAUAUCGUCAGCUCUUAAAUCAAUUGGAAUCAGGGCAAGGAAGUAUAAUAGAAGAAAUACAAGGAAUAUUAAAAGUUGAGAAGCAAGGCAAACCACUGUAUAAUAUAUAUGAUGGUGUUAAAGUAAACAUUAAUAAACAAAAAACGGGUCACUUAAAAGAAGAAACAAAUUAUCUGAAAAAAUCGACAAGUGAAAUUACAAAUGCAUAUUCAUUAGAUUCUGAAUUUGAAGCAGAAGACAGUAAAUUUAUAGAUGAAGAAAAAGGCUUAAAGAAUGAAGAUGAUGAGAUUAAAAACACUGAUUUGACAAAUUCUGUAAUCGAGAAUGAAGGAAAAAGGGCAAUUACAUAUCAAAUAGCAAAGAAUAAGGGUUUAACACCAUACCGUAAAAAAGAACAACGCAAUCCCAGAGUUAAACAUAGAAACAAAUAUCGUAAAGCCAAAAUUCGCAGAAAAGGAGCGGUAAGAGAAGUAAGAAAAGAAGUUAGUCGUUAUGCUGGAGAGAUAUCGGGUAUUAAAGCUAGCGUAAAGAAAAGUAUCAAAUUGAAAUGA